GCACUGAUAGGUGGCACUGGUUGGCAGCACUGAUAGGUGGCACUGAUUGGCAUUGAUAGGUGGCACUGACUGGCACUGAUGGGUGACACUGAAAGGCAGCUCAGAUGGGCACUGAUAUGCACUGGUAGGCACUGAUAUGUGGCACUGAUGGGCACUGAUAUAAGGCACUGAUGGACGCUGACAGGUGGCACUGCUGGGGCUACACUGAUCAUCAGGGCACACUGAUCAUCACUGUCAGUGUGACAGCUCGAGAGAGGAGAGAAAUGCCAAUAACCGGCAUU